AGCGUUUGUUCAGGGGUGACAAACUUCCGCGGUACACCGCGUCAGACCGAGAAGCGUUUUAUUUUUGUUGUCGAGAGUUUUGGCAGGCUGGCUGGCUUAGCUUUGCGUACGCGCUGCAGCGUUUCUGCUUUUCGUUACUACUUUGUGUUCAGAGGCGACCUGAAACGGGAGUUUUUUAGGCUUUAAACGGCGGAGGACGCGCGCGCUUGGAGCUGCAGUGCUCUGGUGUUUGGUCCUUUUAUAUUCCCAUGGAAGACCUGGAUGUAACUGCAGCUGCAGAUUGACAUGGAACAACAUGCAUGGCAUUGAUUGACAUGAUAGCUUUCUCUUCUCCUCUCACAGUAUUAUGAGUCCCACAUGAAAUCGUUUGGUGUAAACUGGAUUUAAAGCCCCUUAAUCCGCUUUGUGGUCCCGAAAAUGUCAUUUUCUCUAAACUUGUCAUUUUUAAACUUCACUUCUCCAUCCCUCUUUUCAAGUUCCUCACCUCUCUAGCACACACCUGGGAUCUUGGAGAAAGUCCACUCACCUGUCAGUAAAGCUGCUGUUGGAAUGGGAAACCAUAUUGUUUCUGACCGCAACAACAAGAACAUGCCACUGGGCGAGGACAGCCAUUCCUGGAAAAAGAGGACCACGGACGUCAAGGAGCAGUAUGACUUCAAAGAAAUUCUGGGAACGGGAGCUUUCUCUGAAGUGGUAUUGGCGGAGGAAAAGAGGACCCACAAACUGGUGGCCAUUAAGUGCAUUCCAAAAAAAGCGUUAGAGGGCAAAGAAAACAGCAUUGAAAACGAGAUAGCAGUCCUGCACAAGAUUAAACACCCCAACAUCGUUUCUCUGGAGGACAUAUUUGAGAGUAAAUCCCACCUCUACCUCAUCAUGCAACUAGUGUCUGGAGGGGAACUCUUUGACCGGAUCAUUGAGAAGGGCUUCUACACAGAGAAGGAUGCUAGUAAGCUGAUUCAGCAGAUUCUGGAUGCUGUCAAAUACCUCCAUGACAUGGGCAUCGUGCACCGGGACCUCAAGCCAGAAAACCUGCUUUAUUACAGCAUGGAUGAAGACUCCAAAAUCAUGAUCAGUGACUUUGGUCUGUCUAAAAUCGAAGGUUCAGGCAGUGUGAUGUCCACAGCCUGUGGAACGCCUGGAUAUGUCGCUCCUGAGGUUUUGGCUCAGAAACCGUACAGUAAAGCAGUGGACUGCUGGUCCAUUGGUGUCAUAUCAUAUAUUCUCUUAUGUGGAUAUCCUCCUUUCUACGAUGAAAAUGAUGCCAAACUGUUCGAGCAGAUCCUGAAAGCAGAAUACGAGUUUGAUUCUCCAUAUUGGGACGAUAUCUCGGAUUCAGCUAAAGACUUCAUAGUGCAUCUCAUGGAGAAAGACUCAAACACGCGCUACACCUGUGACCAGGCUCUGCUGCACCCCUGGAUUGCUGGAGAUACUGCCCUGGAUAAGAACAUUCAUGAAUCUGUCAGUGCUCAGAUCAAGAAAAAUUUUGCAAAAAGCAAGUGGAAGCAAGCGUUCAAUGCCACUGCGGUGAUUCGCCAUAUGAGACGUCUCCAGCUGAGCACUGGCGGCGAAGCGCCCAACCCUUCCCUGCCUGGUGAAUACCCACCACACUUAUUGAUGGCAGAGGAGGGUGCAGAGGCUUGCUGUGAAGGCGGGUGUUCCCAGAAUGUCGAAGGUGCCGCAGACCCGAUGUCCAACUGCACCUACCGCUGCCACCCGGCCAGCAGUGUCUGAUCUGAGGCCCAGUAUGCGUACCCGUCUUUCAAUCCUGAGUAACUGUCAAAUUUUAUCCCCCUCGGUUAAACCAGAGGCACCAUCUCCUCCCCAACCUUAUCUGGCUAGGAGUACAGCGCAAUUCCAACCCGUCGCCUGCAGGGGGUGCAAGCACGUCGAGCCUGGGAGGGAAGAAGCUAUGAAAAGGGUUGAAUUGGUGGUGGAGGGAAACUUGAAGAGUUUAACGAUGAUGCAUCAUCAAAGAUCGUUUUUGUGAUGAGUUGAUGAAGAUGCUAAUGAAAGGGGAGGGCUGCUUCCCCCACAUCUGUACCGGGGGGGUUGCAAAAGGAGGGUGGAGCUUGAUGGACCUUGCUUUUUUUGUUUUCUUUUGUUAAUGCAGUCUGUUUUUUGUUUUUGUUUUUUUUACUUUCGGUUAUUUUUUUGGCCUCCUACUUUUGAGACUGUGAGGUGUAAAUCUGGAACUUGUGUCUGCAUGACAAUGAGAGUAUUUCCCACUGGAGGUUUUGUCCUUGAACGCACCGUCUCUGAGAUGAGCUGCAGCGGUGGACCGCGUUUGUUAGGUUUCAGCUGGUGAGGGGAAGGGUCACGUCUUCUAAAUAUAAAGUUCUACAUUCAAGUCUUUAAGUGGAUCACUUUUGACAAUCAGUGGCAAAAUAGUUCAUCAAUUUUAAGACUCUUGUUUGUUCCAUGUAGCCUCUCUUGUGUUGUUUUAGUGUUUCAUGUAGAAAAAAGCUUCUUCUUUCCAUUUUUCUAAAAAUCCUGAACUUGUUGAACUAGAGAUUUAUAUUUGUCUAAGGUGCCUUUUGGAUAUACAGUAUGAUGGUUAUUUUUGGUGACUGGUAGACUCUUAAAAAAGUGUUUUGACCACUUUAUUUUAUAUUUAUUAAUCUAUAAGUCAUUCUAUAUUAGUUCACAAUUGGAUACAUGUGAAGAACACAUGAAUAUGGGUUUUUUUUACCACCAAAAAAGGAUAAAACCAUGUAUGAUAUUAUGAGUCAAACAUUUGAAAUGGGUAAAUUAUCUAUCAUUUUUAAAGAGUGUUUAAAAACAAGCAUUUAUUUCCCUGAAGUCUUUGCUGACAUACUUUACUAAAAUCUAAAUGAGGGCAGUCCUUUAAAACAUUUUCUUCACUUGUAGCCUUCAAUUACAAAAAUGAUGAUUAGUGUCACACUUUAUGUUCAUUCACACCCAUUUCUAUAUUUGCUUUAUUUAUAUUUUCCUUACCACGGCUUUCAUACCUUUUAAAUCAACUUUAUGCAAAUGGAAGUGAACAAAUCUGUGCUUCAUGGUCUGUCAUCAUAGCAGGCUUGGUAGACUUCCUGCUCUCAAACAAGAUCUACUUAUGCUCUAAUGGAUCAUUCGUUUCUCUCUCGAAAAACAAAUGUGUUUAGUUCAGGCUGUUCAUGUGUUUUAACUUGGUUACUUACACAGCCUGAUGGUGUUAUGGGUACAAUGAGUCCAUUUGUUGUAAAAGAAGGUCGUUAUUUUACUAAAAUGUUACCCUUUAACAGAUUUAAAGCCUUUGGAGGAAGAGGUUUUUCAGAACCACUGAACGUGGACUGAAAGCUCAGUUCCUUUAGCAAAAUUGAUUGUGCUCCUUUAAAAUGUAUUUUAAGUUUCACAGGGCAGGUUCAUUUGGUGGUUAAUAAACUGUAUAGAGUGAUGUUGCUUUCUAAUUACAGGUGGCAUUGUUUUUUUUUUAUCUUUUAAAAAUGAUAUUUUUAUGAACUUUAGGCCGAUAAAUUACCCUUAAAACAUAAAAUAACAGUAAGGCUGUAAGGCAGACAUUUUUAAAUCCAUCACAAGAUUUAAUGGAAUAUCUCAUUUGAGGAGCCUUUCACCUAAUUUAAUUUUUUAAAUCAAAACUUUACAUUUUUUUGAUCCAACAGAGCAGUAUGUCUACUUCCUGAGUAAUUUCAUUUUAAUUUCCUCAUAGAUGAAAGUUACUUUAAAGACAAAUUUUGUCUUUAAAGUGCCUAAAUCAUGUUUUUCUUAAGCUUUUCAGAGUAAACUAUAUCCAUAUAGAUUCAAAGAUUUUUAUUGGCACUGUUUCCCUGCAACAAAAUUUUGGUGGCACUUAUUCAAAAAAGAUAAGGAUGAAAUUAUAUUAAACACUAAAAAAAGAUGUUUUUUUUCAUGCAAUAUUAGUUAUUUUCACAGCUCAUUGCCAUACCCGGAAGUAAGACAACUCGAUCUCUGAGGCUCCGCCCUUCUCUCCUUGUGGGUGCCGCCCAUUUUAUGACAUCCACCUAGAGCCAGCCUCAACAGCGUGUCUCCGUUUUGCCCAAGAAAGCAACAACAUCCGAACUGUUGCAAAGAUGGUUGUGCAUACUCUGCAGCGUGGACUCUUCCUGGAAGGGGCGGUUCCUCACUUUGUGAUGUCACAAUGUGAGAAGCCACUUGUUUUUGAGAGCGCAGGGUUUUAGAGGGAUACUCAGAAAUGUGUGAACGGAUCAAAAUUCUGCUUUGGGGUUGUUUUCUUUUGGGAAUAAUAAACAUUAUAAUACACUAAAAACUCAAAGUUGAUUUUGUAUGAUAUAAGCCUUUGAAAAACUGGCUUCUUCAGAAUUAUAAAUCAUUUCAGAGUAAGAAGAGUGACUUUGUCCUUUAGGGUGCUUCACAAAUGGGUGCUUUCCUGGCCUACCAUCAGUUUAGCAUUUCGACUUUUGCAUACAUUUUCCUUAAUAGAUGUUACCCUGCCUCCUCCUACAGCAAAAAGAAACAUUAAUUUUGAAAGGUUUGCAUUUGUAAUUUGGUUGGUUUGACCUGCUUCUAGAGAAUGAUCUGUAUAAAUGAACAUUUGUACCAUAAAUAUGCCUUUUAACAAUGUUUGGGCCUAUAGAACUGUAUCCACUGUAAACAAAGACGUUAAUGCACCAUGAACUCAUGAAAAGUGGCUGUUGCUUAGUGUGAAAGUCAGUGACUUGGAAAAUGUUUUGCUUGCUUGCUUGCUUGAAGCACAUUUGUCAGUGACUCAUACAUUAAAUGGAUCUCUAUGCAUUAA